UAACCUGAACGACGGACGGCAAAACCGUGUCUGAUCAUUAAUCAUUAUUCAACACAAACAUACAAGGACAAGUCGCUAUUAACAUAGUUUGGCGUGUAGUAGUCUCGUGUUUACCUUGGCAAGCGGGAAUUUCUUGUUGCUGCCAGAAGAGCCGCCAACAUCCGUCGAAGUUGUUGGGUCUUCGCUCAUUCGAGAGGGUCAGUCCGUUUUCAGGAGUGUCAAGCGAGGCCGGCGAGACAUUCAUACUUCUACAUUCUCCAGAACGAAGGUUGUUUCCCACUCGGGAAGUCCAAAGGCGACGAGCGGAGUUUUAUUUUCGUACCGUGAAAGUCAGGGACACGGACUGCGUAGGAGCUGGUGUGUAAGUAAGUAUCAAAGAAGCCACCGGGCGUGAAAACUUUCCACCGCUUUCUUGGACAGCAGUCCCUCGACCUUUUAUGUAACUGCAUUGUCAGGAUAGUUCACACUUGUCACGGCGGCGGGCAGUAAUUGGGAAGAAUGGCAUCGUUGACUUCCAAACUCAAAGCCAGUGCUGGGAUCUGCGGGCUCGCGAAGGUUGCCAUGAGAACGUUGGCCACGCAGACCAUGCUCGGGUCCAAGGAAGAGGAAAAGGUUGCAGUCGUUAAGUAUCUUGAUGGAAAGGACAAUGGAAUAGCCGUGCUGGGAUUAAACCGCCCUGAUGCUCGCAACGCCAUUGGCAAGAUGCAGUUGUCGCAGCUAAAUGAAGCAGUUUCCACGAUUCGAAGAGACGACAAAGUUAGAGUGCUGAUCAUUCGGAGUCUGAUCCCGAAGAUUUUCUGUGCUGGGGCUGAUCUGCGCGAGAGAGCCAGGAUGGAAGCAGCCGAAGUGUCUGAUUUUGUGGCGGCUUUGAGAGAGCUCAUGAACAAUGUCGAAGCCCUGCCAGCUCCUGUUAUAUCGGCGAUCGAUGGAGUGGCCCUCGGUGGUGGACUGGAGCUCGCUCUUGCUUGUGAUAUCAGGACUGCCUCGUCGGAGGCAAAGAUGGGACUCGUAGAAACCAAAUUAGCUAUUAUACCAGGUGCUGGUGGGACGCAGAGAUUGCCCAGAUUGGUCGGACCAGCCGUUGCCAAAGAGCUCAUAUAUACUGCGAAAAUAUUAGACGGCUAUCAAGCACAUGAAAUUGGUUUGGUCAAUCGGGUUGUUUCGCAGAACAAGGAGGGCGAUGCUGCUUACCAGGAGGCCCUUAUGAUUGCUAGGGAAAUUCUACCAAAUGGACCAGUCAGUGUCAGGCUGGCUAAAGUGGCUGUAACAGAAGGCAUCGACGUUCCUUUCGAAGAUGCCUGCGAAAUCGAGCAGAAGUGUUAUGACCAACUGCUCGGCACCAAAGAUAGGAUCGAAGGUCUUGCUGCGUUCUCUGCAAAACGCGUCCCUGUCUACAGAGGACUGUAAUUGCGCCGAUUUACUUGAAGAGGAAUAAAAAAAGGGCAACGGGAUAUUUAUCCUGUCGAGUUGUCUUCGCUCUUUUCGUCAGGACGAAAUUACACGCUAAGACAUUUUGGUAGCUUAAGGUGAAGCAAAACACGUCGAUUUGAUCGACGUCGAUGAGGGCAGAAUUAAGUUCUCUGUCUUCUUAAUGUUAAACAUCGGUGUUAAUGUUUCGUUUGUUUAACGUUAAAUAACCAUGCCAAGUACUUUUUACUGUUUCUUGACGGUAGGGAGUGUGACAAUAUAUUCUGCAUGCAACUUCUUCGGAGCCUAUUUAUAUCUUAUCGAGGAAAUUUCAAGGACAGUGUAACAGUCGUUUCCUUGAAACCUUGUUGUUAAUUUUUUUGCGUUUUAUUACUAACACGCGUGAUAUAUCCGCUCGUAAAAUGUACGAUAAUUGUUAUAAGUGUUUUUCACUCUUCACAGUUUAUACAUAUUUUUACAGAUAAUGAGUGAAUUCUCGAGUUUAUACAAUUAUGAAACGCAAAUUGAUAUUUUGGGCUUUGUGGGGUUUUUGGAAGAAAAAAAAGCCAUUGGAAAGGGCGAUGUGCAAUUUUUUUAAGAGUUGAAAACUCGAGUUAAUUUUUGCAAAAUUGGGCUUUGAUCUUGGCCUGCAGUAUGACAAAUUUGUACACAAAGUCUUUUGUACCGUCUUCAUAAGUUGAGUGCUACAACGUACAAUUUUUUAAACCUUUUGUACGGAACUUUUACAAAUUUCUAUUUUUUGUAUGAUAACUAGGAUUUAAGUUCAGUAACGUUCCGUGUUGCAUUUGUAAAUAACUGAAGACUUUCCACUAACGAUGUAUUUUGGUGUAAAUCUGAUUCAAAGGACUUGACUUCGGACAUACCUAAAAAAAUUAACUUUCCUGAAUUAUUGUUUACGCAGUCACUUUGAAAAACGAUGAUCACCUUGGAAAGUUCUUUUUUGACGCAUUUACACAAUAUAUCGAAUUAUUAUUAACGUGUUAAGGGAAAGGGGCAUGUGUUACUUUGCUAUCCAUUUUUCUACGUCACUCCGUGUCUUCCAUGAAAGGAAUCCUAAUAUUGUUAUACGUCAGGCAAAUAAUUUAGGGCUCAGAAAUGUUAUGCAAUUUGUCUGAAAUUGUUGAUUAAAAAAAUAUAUAUAUACGAACACGUUA